AGCAGGGAGCCUGAUGCUGGGCUUGAUCCCAGGACCAUGGGAUCAUGCCCUGAGCCGAAGGCAGACCCUUAACUACUGAGCCACCCAGGCGCCCCUGUCCACAAUCUUUUAAUUGAAUGAAUCACUAAACGAUUAAUCUUAUAAUGCAUUUAAAGGUUUUCUCCCUUGUUUUGUAGAUCACCUGGUAUUAAUAUGAGAACUCACUCCUAUCCAGACUAGAUGGACCCAAGAAACAAUGUAACUUACUUUGUCCUCUUGGGCCUCACCCAGGAUCCAAAGGAACAGAAGGUCCUUUUUGUUAUGUUCUUGCUCUUCUAUAUUUUGACUGUGGUGGGAAACCUGCUCAUUGUGGUGACUGUAACUGUCAGUAAGACCCUGGGCUCACCAAUGUACUUGUUUCUUGCUAACUUAUCUUUUAUGGAUGUCACUUAUUCCUCUUGCAUUUGCCCCAGAUUGAUUUCACACUUGUUGUUGGGGGAAAAUACCAUAUCCUUCCAAUCUUGUAUGACUCAGUUAUUCACAGAGCACUUUUUUGGUGGAUCAGAGGUCUUUCUUCUGCUGGUGAUGGCCUAUGACCGCUAUGUGGCCAUCUGCAAGCCCUUGCAUUAUUUGGUGAUCAUGAGGCACUGGGUGUGUGUUGUGCUGCUGGUAGUGUCCUGGGUCGGAGGGUUUCUGCAUUCAGUAAUUCAAGUUAGCACUAUUUAUGGGCUCCCAUUCUGUGGCCCCAAUGUCAUUGAUCAUUUUUCCUGUGACAUGUACCCAUUAUUGCAAUUGGUCUGUACUGACACAUACAUCAUUGGCCUGUUAGUGUUGGCCAAUGGAGGAGUGAUCUGUAGUAUUGUGUUUGUGCUCUUGCUAAUUUCUUAUGGUGUCAUCUUGCACUGUCUAAAGAACCUUAGUCCAGAAGGGAGGCGGAAAGCCCUCCAGACCUGUGGUUCCCACAUCACUGUGGUUGUCUUCUUCUUUGUUCCAUGUAUUUUCAUGUAUGUGAGACCUGCUAAGACCUUCCCCAUUGACAAAUCAUUGAGUGUGUUUUUUACAGUCGUAACCACAAUGCUGAACCCACUGAUCUACACUCUGAGAAAUUCUGAGAUGUCAAAUGCUAUGAAGAUGCUCUGGGGAAGAAAUGUCACAUGAAGUAGUAAAUGAGUGCAUCAUCCAUCAUGACAAAAGCAAUUUAACAUUUUGCCAAUCUCCUCAAAUGUUAAAGUCCAUUUUACUGUAAAUGCAUUUAUGGUCAGAGUCAAUAAAUAAUGUGCAAUGAAACAGUCAAUGAAAUAUAUAGAGAGUUACAUUAAUUCAUAAUUAAUUGCUGCAUUUUUGUUACUUUUAGUCUCAUUCAUAAUUUUAUUUCUGGUCAGUUUCUUGCCUUUAAUAUUCAUUUUUUUCAUUGUUAAAAUAUUCUUGCUUUACAGACUAUCUUCUGUAUUUAAUUUCUUUUCAUAUGAAAUUUUUUGUGUACCCCUUUAGAUAUAUUUGAGAAUACAGUAGAUAAUAAUAAAUAUUAAAAAUUGAAUCCUUACAAAGUGGAAAUGGUGUGGAAUGAAUAUCUUACCUGUCCCUCACCAGAGUCUCCCUGUUCUUCUAUAUGCAUCAUUAUACUAAGAUUGUUAUUGUUUGUAAGAUUGUUCAAUUAAUAAUCUUUGGUAAUAAAAUAUUAUUUUCAUGUUUGUGUUUGUGUCUUUGU